AUGUAUUCUUAUACAAUUAUUGAAAGAGUUAAAACAGAAACUAUUCAUGAAAAACUUCAUAAUUUCGAUGAACAUACAGGGAAACGUAAUAUUGUUAAACUGGUUGUUGACGAUUCAUUUGAUUUCGUUAUGGCAGGUAUUGAGGCAAUAAUUGACGAUCAAAUUACAAAGAGUUUUAGAGCUGAGGAACUUGCUUCAUGGAAUCUUCUGACGCGUACAAGCUUUACUUAUACGCAUAUAAAUUGGAAACUAACUUUUCUAUGGAUUGCGGGUUUUCUGUUUCGAUAUUUUUUCUUAUUUCCGAUUCGCUUUGUUACAUUUUUUGUUGGAUUUUCUCUAAUGGCGUUAUUGACAUUUAUUAUUGGCUUUAUUCCCAAUAAAAGGAUAAAGAGUUUUCUAAAUCAUCAUGCUAUGUGCAUGUGCAUGAGAAUAUUAGCCCGAUCAAUCUCAGCCAUUAUUCGCUUCAAAAAUCGAGAGAAUCGUGCUGUGAAGAGUGGAAUAUGCGUUGCGAAUCACACAUCACCAACUGAUGUGCUCAUCUUAAGCUGUGAUAAUUGCUAUGCAAUGAUUGGCCAGCGACAAGAAGGAAUGCUAGGUUUAAUGCAGCAACUGUUGAGUCGUUCAGCUGAUCAUAUUUGGUUUGAAAGAACUGAAGCUAAUGAUCGCCGAAAAGUCAUUCAAAGGUUGCAGGAUCAUGUUGAUGAUCCCAACAAAUUGCCGAUUUUGAUUUUUCCGGAAGGAACAUGCAUCAAUAACACAUCAGUGAUGAUGUUUAAGAAGGGAUCUUUCGAAGUAGUUGGCAGUACAAUUUAUCCUAUUGCAAUGAAAUAUGAUUCUCGGCUUGGCGAUGCUUUCUGGAAUAGUAGUGAGCAGUCUUAUGGAGAAUAUUUGUUUCAAAUGAUGACGUCAUGGGCAAUCACAUGUGAUGUAUGGUAUUUACCAGCGAUUAGUCGAAUGGAUGGUGAAAGUGCUAUAGAUUUUGCUCGCAGAGUGAAACAUACCAUUGCUGAAAAGGGUGGAUUAGUUGAUUUGGAAUGGGAUGGGCAGCUUAAACGCACCAAGGUUCCUCCGAAGUUGAUUGCUGAACAUCAGAGGUUGUAUUGGGGUUAUCUAUCAAAUCUUGCAUCCUUCUCUGGGAGUUCGGAGUCUUAA